GUUUAUCAUUUCGACAAACGACUCCGUUCGACGUCUGAAUCCACCACCCGGUUUACAGCAGCAAUAUAUAUUUCUCGACUAGGGCACAAUAUUCCGUGGAGCGCUCCACGGAUUUCCCAACCAAACAAAUCGCGGACCGGAAUUUGCCACUCUUUUUGAGAUCCGUUGUUGCUUUCUAACCUGAUACAUUAGUAGCAUGUCAGAAGCACUGUGGUCUGUCUUGGUCACUAGCAUCGAUCCCGACAACAAAAAGAACAUGUCUGCUGUUCUUCAAUCCACCAUCAACCUUCUCGAAACCGAGCUCGUCAAAGCCAGAGCUGCUCUACAGGAGAUCCAACCAAAUGCCGGUUUAAUGAUUAAUCGUGGCGAGGAACUGGCUGUUGGAGCCGUGGCCGCUUACCGACAGAAUCUCAUUAGCUUUGCUCCUGACUUCUUCUAUGGCGCCCGCCGCUUGACCCCCAAGGAAUUGGGGCUUGUUCCGGUCGUUCGCGAAAUUGAGCUCAGUGAUGAGGAGGAAACUGUCAAAGAGCGGCCUGAACCGGUGGUAGAGCGAAAGCCAACCUCGAUCGAAGAUGUUUUAGGGAAUGGCUUGAUCCUCGAUCACUUGGUGCCAUAUCUCACUCCAGGUACUCUCCUGGCCCUGUCGGCAACUUCGCGCUUUGUGCGCUCGCUAAUCAUGGAGACGCCAUAUGUGUUCCGACACCUUGAUUUGUCUCAUUGUCGAGGCGCUCGGUUGACUGAUCAGCCCCCGAUUGACCGUGGUGGUCAGACGUGGCGGGCCGAGCGCAUAGACGAAUCACUGACUGAAGAUGAAUUCUACUCUGGGCCUCUCAGAGGCAUCUUUGCCAAUUUGGAGCGAAGCUCGAUCAUGAGCGAUGUACGGACGCUUAUUUUAGAUGGCCUGCCCGUUCCAGCUGAUCUUGUUUCGGACCUGGUGCUGUCGGACCGCUUCAAUCUGAGUCUACUGUCAAUUCGAGAAUGUCGACAUCUCAAUGAGCGGAAACUCAUGCAAGUACUCAACUAUGCAGUUCGGCCUACGCGGCCCGCCGGUACGCCUCGCAUCAAAGGUAUCUACUACUUCACUCCCACGGAUCGCCCUCGAGCUGCAGUUCGGAGCAAGUACAAGGAUUGGUGGAGUUCACAGUGCGUCAGUCAACGCACGCUCGGCGACGUGCCGCCCACACAGAACCAAAAGGAAAAACAGCGUCAAAACGUUUGGUAUAACUCGUCCGGUAAACUGCUCAAGCAUCGCAUUGAGGAAGGUUGGGCAGAGACUCUUCAAAAGUGUGAAGGAAUCAUUGCUUUUGAUGCUGUCCUCUGCCGCGGUCCUCGACACAAUGUCGACCUCUGCGCCACUGUAUCCCCCAGCACGGAAGAUGCCCAACCUGGAAAACGGCUGCUCGGACCAGCUAUCGCAACAAUUGCCCUGGGUCCUAUGGGUUGCGACGGUUGCCACACUUCUGAAGAAGGCCCGGCUAUUUGGGGACAAUCCCCAGCCGAACAUUUUCCCCUUCUCACACCACCACCAUUUCAUUCGUCAUCUUUGGCUGCAGCAAAACGGCCAGCACUCGUCUUCGGUGAGCACCCUGUGCUGAUCGCUCGUUGCGCCGAUUGCCUCGCCGAUAGGUGGUGUCAUCGUUGUAAUAAGUGGUUUUGCAACAGCUGUCUUCCCCGCCCCGAACGUGUGAGGAGCAAACUGUCGCCUCAUCAGACAGCUGUUAGAGGACCCCGUGCUGGCAAUGAGGGGUUCGGACCUGGAGUGAGUAAAGACUGCUGGGAGUGCGGGCCAACGUGCGCCGCAUGCAAGUUGGACUGUCAACGGAACUGCCAAAAUUGUCAAGGUGACUAUUGCAUCGAACACAACGAGGGCUGUUCGUCCACGAUGUGUGAUUGGUGCAACACUAGUACUCGGCAUCGAAUGCGUCAGCUCUACUAGUAAAGGCUCGCAGUAUUAACGAACGUACUUUACGCAGAUCCUGCUGUACGAGAACAGUUGGAGAUUCUUUUUGAAGAGGUAAUUUAUGACCUCAUCUGUUGCGUUUGAUAGCAUUAUCGUAUACCCCGCAUAUAGCAUGCCAUUCCGCUCUUUGAAUGACCACCAGCUACCCAGGUAUGGGUUGCCUUGGAUUAAUAAUGAAACAAGC